UGUCUGUGUUCAUGUGAAUCUUUUUCACUGGUUAGGCGACAGCCGGGGAGCGAGCUCCAUAAAUGUCGCGUGAGCCAUGUCAAAUGCUGCCCCAAGCAAGCGCUCGUUGACUGUCCCUUUUCGCUCCCAACAAGCAGCCAAAAAACCCUAUCCCUCAUCGGAUAGAUUCAUUUCAUGGAUUCAUAAUUCAUUCACGGGCUCCAGAGGGAACUUCACGGGAGAAACCUCACUAUUCUGAUCACGAAACUUCGAAAAACUCACAGAUUCUCGCCGAGAUUUCGACCUUCUCGGUGGGGUUUUUGUCGUAAAUUCCCUUUACACAUCUGAGAGGGAGAGGGAGAGGGAUUUAAUGCCCCGUUGCCGAGCACGUUGAGCUCCGACAGGUUGUUGAAUUGCUUUGAGGUGACAUUGUCGAUCCAGUUUUGGAGUUUACAAACUUCUUCAGAAAAGAAUCCCCUAAAAUUGUUCAAUGAUGGGGGACAACAUGGUUCCUACGCUCAAAGCUAUAAAGGGUGGUGGAGGAUCCGUCAAAGUGGGAACCACCGGGACAAUUGGUACCUUAAUGUCAAGGGAAUUAGAAUCUGCUGCAAAGUCCACAGCUCAACCUCCAGUAUCAUCUAGGAACGAAUCUCAUACAGAUUCUAUUUCAGUUUCUAGUGAUGCUAUUACUUUUAAAAGACUAAAGCCAAGAACUGUACUGGAUGAAGCAAGCAGCAGCAGCAGCUGCAGCCGCACUGCCAUCAAUAAGAAAAACCCUGAAACUGCUCGGAAGACUAAACACCAGAACCGAAAAACCCAGCAAAUACCAAUGCUCUACUCGGAUAAUAUUUCCUUAGACGGAACUCCUAGUAGAGAGAAACCUGAUAAAAGAGGAUCUUACAUAGUUGAAGUUGUGGACCUGAAGUGCGGCAACACAGAGAGGACAUGGGCCAACCCUAUAACGAAUAGAUUCAAGGAACUUGGUUUCUCAAAGCUUAUGAGAGUGUCGUCUAAGUCUGAAACUUCUCCACAUCAGCUCUCAGGUUCCUGUAAUUGCAUCUUGUAAUCGUGCUUGGCUGAUUGCUGUCUGCAACUUCCACCGUAGAACACAUACUUGGCACAAGCUUGCUUCCUCCUUUCUUCUUCUUUCUUGGUGUUGUUAUUAAAGAUCCAUGCUUCAGGCUUGAGUAACUACUCGUGGAGGCCUCUUCUGUUAGUUGACACGGGAGCUGCUCAGAAUUAUCUCGGCAGCCUACCCGGUUAAAGUACUCAAUUUCUUUCAUUAUAAGAGAUCCAACGGUUCCUCUGGUGCCUAUUUCAGCUAAAGUUGUUGCUGCCAUUUUCUCUGGGAUUGUUGUGGCCAAAGUGCUGGACUUAUACAUUAUUUUCUGUUUGGUUGGAUAGGAGGUGGGUGCUUGUGGAUGAAGAGCUGCCUCUGGAUCUUGCCUUGGUAGACAAGCUGCUCUGUAUCCUGGGCAUUCUUGAUGGGCCUUGCUCCUGGUAUACAUACUCACAUGUUGAACUCUUUAUCUAAAGUGAAGAGCAGUGUAGUUAUAGAAUUGGUUGGUGCCAUGGUCAUUGUAAUCAUGUGUAAGCAGUUGAAACAGUAAGUUACCUACCUCCCGUACAACCCUCUAACUACUAUGGGGUCUCAAUUCUGAUAUUUUCUUUCGUUGGAACCUUGGCUGAUUUCUGAAUAAUUGUUGCAUUAUGGGUUCACAAUAUGCUAUUUUCCUUGUUUCUUAAAAUUGUUUGAACAAACCCCCCCCCCCCCCC